AUCAUGCCCCCCAGAUAGCAGCAGCGUCGUCCUCCUCUCCAACCCCCCCUUCCCUGCCCCUUGGCCCCCCUCCUUUACCUUCCCGAUCAGCACCAGCACUGCCACCUGUGUCACCACAGCCACCAUGCCCCCCAGGAAGAGGACGCGGUCGGGCCUGGGCUUCCUGUGCUGCUUUGGCAGCAGCGAGCCUCCGGAGAUCAACCUCAAAGACAGCGUACCGCUGCAGCUGCUGGAGUUCAGCGCCCCCAUGCCGCCCUCUGAGGAGCUGCACGCGCGCUUCUCCGAACUGGUGGAUGAACUGGACCUGACGGACAAGAACAGGGAGGCCAUGUUUGCUCUGCCCGAUGAGAAGAAAUGGCAGAUCUACUGCAGCAAGAAGAAGGAGCAAGAGGACCCCAACAAGCUGGCUACCAGCUGGCCCGACUACUACAUUGACCGCAUCAACUCCAUGGCUGCUAUGCAGACCCUGUUUGCCUUCGAUGAGGAGGAAAUGGAAAUGAGGAACAAGGUGGUAGAAGAUCUGAAGACAGCACUUCGGACUCAGCCAAUGAGGUUCGUCACACGCUUCAUCGAGCUUGACGGCCUCACCUGCCUCCUCAACUUCCUGCGCAGCAUGGACUAUGAAACAUCGGAGAGCCGCGUCCACACCUCCGUCAUCGGCUGCAUCAAGGCCCUGAUGAACAACUCCCAGGGCCGCGCACACGUCCUGGCUCACCCACAGAGCAUCAACACCAUCUCACAGAGCCUACGGACGGAGAACAUCAAGACCAAAGUGGCGGUGCUGGAGAUUCUCGGUGCGGUGUGCCUGGUGCCUGACGGACACAAGAAGGUGCUGCAGGCUAUGGCACACUUCCAGAAAUACGCUGCGGAGAGGACACGCUUUCAGACGCUGCUAAAUGAGCUGGACAAGAGUACAGGCCGCUACAGAGACGAGGUCAACUUAAAGACGGCCAUCAUGUCCUUCAUCAACGCUGUGCUCAACGCUGGAGCUGGGGAGGACAACCUUGAGUUCCGCCUCCACCUAAGGUACGAGUUCCUGAUGUUGGGCAUCCAGCCGGUCAUCGACAAGCUCAGAGAACAUGAGAAUGCCACUCUGGACAGGCAUUUGGACUUCUUUGAGAUGGUGCGGAAUGAGGAUGACUCAGAGUUGGCCAAAAGAUUCGAUAUGACCCACGUAGAUACUAAGAGUGCAGGUGCCAUGUUUGAGCUGGUCAAGAAGAAGCUGAGCCACACAGACGCCUACCCCAACCUCCUCUCCAUCCUCCAGCACUGCCUGCAGAUGCCCUAUAAACGGGGUGGUGGUAGCCUGCAGCACUGGCAGCUUUUAGACAGGAUCCUCCAGCAGCUAGUCCUUCAGGACGACAAGGGAGAGGACCCCGACAGCGCUCCUCUGGACAACUUCAAUGUUAAGAACAUCAUUCGCAUGUUGGUCAAUGAGAAUGAGGUGAAACAGUGGCGAGACCAGGCAGAGAAGUUCAGGAAAGAUCAUAUGGAGCUGCUAGGUAAACUAGAGCGAAAAGAGCGGGAGUGUGAUACCAAGACCCAGGAAAAGGAGGACAUGAUGAAGACUUUGAACAAGAUGAAGGACAAACUCCAGCGUGAGGGAGUGGAGCUGCGCUCAGCCAGGGAGCAGGUCCUAGACCUGUCCACACGCAUCAACGACAUAUCUGGUGUCAGUCCUCCUCCUCCGCCUGGCGGCCCCGUGGCUCCUCCUCCACCACCUUUGAUGGCUGGCUUUCCUCCACCUCCUCCUCCUCCUCUACCAUUCAGCUGCCCGCCUCCUCCACCACCUCCCCCACCACCUGGAGCACCACCUCCUCCUCCAGGAGCUCCUCCCAUUUUUGGAGGCCCGCCUCCUCCUAUUCCCUCUUCAUUCAACUCAGCGAGCACCAUGCGCUCCAAGUCUAUCCCUCAACCUUCUCACCCCCUGAAGUCCUUCAACUGGGCCAAACUGGGAGAGAACGUGAUCAACGGCACCAUCUGGAAUGACAUUGAUGACCUGAGAGCUUUCAAGAUUCUUGACCUCAAGGACAUAGAGAAGAUGUUUUCAGCCUAUCAGAGACAACAGGACCUGCUCACUAACCAAUCCUUCAAACAGAAAGAGACGGGCUCUAUGGACGACCUAUACGUCAGCACGCGGAAGGUUAAAGAGCUGUCCGUCAUUGACGGUAGACGUGCACAGAAUUGUAUCAUCCUUCUUUCAAAGUUAAAAAUGAGCAAUGAUGAGAUCAAGAGGGCGAUCCUCGAGAUGGAUGAAAGGGAAGAGCUAGCCAAAGACAUGCUGGAGCAGCUGCUGAAGUUUGUCCCAGAGAAAAGUGACAUAGAUCUCUUGGAGGAGCACAAACAUGAGCUGGAGCGCAUGGCGCGGGCUGACCGCUUCCUCUUUGAAAUGAGCAGAAUUGACCACUAUCAGCAGAGACUGCAGGCUCUGUUCUUUAAGAAGAAGUUUGCAGAGCGCCUCGCUGAAACCAAGCCUAAGGUUGAAGCCAUCCUGAAUGCAUCCAAGGAGGUGGUCCGGAGCAAGAGGCUGACUCAGAUCCUGGAGGUGGUGCUGGCUUUCGGCAACUUCAUGAACAAGGGCCAGAGAGGCAACGCGUACGGCUUCAAGGUCUCCAGCCUCAACAAGAUCGCUGACACCAAGUCCAGCAUAGACAGAAACAUCACCAUGUUGCACUACCUGAUCAUGAUUGUCGAGAAGAACUACAGUGACACACUGCACAUCCAGGAAGACCUCAGCAGUGUACCAGAGGCUGCCAAAGUCAAUUUGUCGGAGUUGGAAAAAGAGGUGCACAAUAUCAAAAGUGGACUGAAGGCUCUAGAGGCGGAGCUGCAAUACCAGCAGAGCAGGACGAGGGAACGUGGGGACAAAUUCGUGGCUGUGAUCGGUGACUUCAUCACCGUGGCUGGCUUCAGCUUCUCUGAACUGGAGGACCAGCUGAGCGAGGCCAAGGACAAGUUUACCAAAUCUCUGAAGCACUUUGGGGAGGAAGAAGGGAGGAUGCAGCCCGAUGAGUUCUUCGGGAUCUUUGACACCUUUUUACAGUCGUUCAACGAAGCACGGCAAGACCUGGAUAACAUGCAGCGGCGUAAAGAUGAGGAGGAGAGGAGGGCACGAAUGGAGGCCAUGCUCAAGGAGCAGAGAGAGCGGGAACGGCGGGCCAAGAAGAGCGGGGCCUCAGACGAGGUCAGCGGGGAGUUUGACGACCUAGUGUCUGCGUUGCGUUCCGGUGAGGUCUUUGACAAGGACCUGAACAAAUUCAAGCGCAACCGCAAGCGCUCGGUCAACCAGUUGGUGGAGGGUGGGGGACGCGAGCGAGCUGUUACCAAGGUAAACUAUUAGUUCGGGAAAAAGGAAGGGAAUAAAAUUAAACACUAGACACCGACAUUCUCUUAACACCUUUAGUCCAGGAACAUUGGAGAGGAUGUGAAUAACGGCUGGACGGGACAUGUAGCCACAUGUGUGGACAGCCACGCCGUUUUGAAGGAUGCAGCACCCUCCUCUGAUUGGUCUUGUAAAGCUAUUCCCACCCGGUUUGUCCCGGGCGUUGUAUGAUCUCCUGAGCUGGGCGAAGGACGGUUGGGAUCUAUGGAUGGACGGACAGACCACUGUGACACAUUAUCCCAUAUAUUUUGACCAUAUCCUCUUUAACACUGUGCUCAAACUUCCAGCUCUCUAUCACCCCGCUGUUUUUCCACUGCUCUUUACCCCCCCACAAACCUCUUCACUCUUCCUCUGAACGUUCCUUGGUGCUGGAGCUGUCCUAUCUUUUUGCUCCCUGGCUCUAAAACACACAGGACUUUGGGAUCAGCCAGUCACAGUGUACAUAGACUCGGGGGGCCAAGAAAAAGGAUUGGAAAACUGACAAAAGAAGGUGGGAAAGGGGGAACUAAGCCAUCAUCUCCACAGUCAUGGUUGCUUCCAGAAAAGAGACUUUUCAGACACAGAAUGGAUGGGUAUUCAUGAACAUCCUUUGCUGGAAAGAGGGGUGUGUAUUCUACAAAUCCCAGAGUGCUUUGUGGGCUUCUGAAAGAUUGUUGAAAGAUACACAAUGGGGGGGGUUAUCGCUUCAACCCAACGGCCGCCUCCAACACACAGCAUUCCCAGGGGGGACCUACGUACAUCCCUAACAGAAGCAGUUUUUAGAGGAUACAACUCAAGGAAAACCAACUUGUCAGCUUGUUCCACCUGACAAAAUGAGAACUGUGCCACAGGGGUCGAGCCUCACCUCCACCCUUCACUGGUUUCAACAUUGUUCUGGCAUGAACCAGUGCCAAAGCAAAGAGAAAGCAAAUGUAAAUGUACUAAUACGAAACCUACUGCAAUUAGGCGUUGAUAUAUAUUUAUAUUUAGAUGCAGACAAGCUAAUUGCAAAGAUGUAGAGUUUUUGUUGUUUUCAUGGCAUUUUGGGGGUUUUGUACACGCGAUGCAUUCUUUGUUGGUGUUGCAAGUUCACGUUGACGAUGGAAGUGAAUUUCUAUACAUUGUUGCGCUUUGUGUCAAAGAGAUAAUUUCUGCUCCUUUUCACACCUGUAGGUCUUGUUUGCACUGUAGCUUUUCUGGCCAACUUUACACUCCACAAGCCGAUCAAAACUAUCCUCUGGAAAGAGUUGUCUCUGUGCUAAAAUGAUCUUUUAUCUAUAACGAAGUUAACGGAACGACAUAUACAAUUUCAAGCCUGGAGUUUGCGAUGGUCUGAAUGUGUGGUCCGAUCCAGCGGCUGCAGCAAAACUGCAGACCAUGUGUGAACUCGGCAGUAUACCAGCCAACAGGAUGCUGUAUAGCAGUUCUCAUCGGGCCUUUAAUGAUCUCAUCCAUAGUGUCUGAAGGAUCUGUUACACUGGUGCUAAGACAGAGCCAUCAGUCCAGUUAAAGAUUUCUCAAGGUAAACUAUCGCUUGAUUGCUCUGCUGCCAAGAUUCAGGCUCAUCAUACAGUAUUUCUGUGUGCUUUUAUUUCAGUUGGCGUUGUAAUUCAUCUGUUAUUACAAAGUCAGGGUACAGCAAAGCACUUAAAGGGUGUAGGAUUUAAAAUAGAGAGGCUUGAUGCAAAUAAGUUGUGUAAGGGUGGACGUUAACAGGACACCAACAGCCUCGGAGAGCAUCGUUCCUUCCAGCUUCUCUGAAACGUUUGCGAUACCGCCCUGUUACUAUGGGCAACCUUUUGCCAAACAAGAGUCAGACCUACAUACUGAAGCCAACCGAGGUCAGUUUUCAUUAAGUUUUUGAAAUAUUCAAGGAGGUAUAUUUUUUUAUUUAUAUAUGCAUUUCUAAAACCUUAGCAGUAGACGUGACAAAGGCUGCAGUGUAAAGUAUGGGCUCGCCUCAGUACAACAUUAAGAUGGUCUUUUUGAAGAUGGACCUCCAGUACAGUACAGGGUCCCUUGCUACUGGAGGUGUACUCACAGAGAGGGCUGUAAUCCUGGGGUGAGGGCUCUGCUGCGGAAGGAGUCACUCCCGGUCAAUUCUUUGGGAGAAGAGACAUCAAAUGACAGUGUGAAGCCAUAAAAAAAAAAAUCCUAUGAACAUACAGCUUAUUGGAAGCAGAUAAAGGGCCACACACACAUAAGUCCAUAAGAAAUAUCCUGGUGUCAUCCUGCUAAUCAUCCAUUAUUAUUCCUAGGUAACCCAUUUUAGUAAUUUCAUCUGCAUUGCAUGGUUACUAUAGUACAGUAUAGUGCCAUAUGGGAGCUGUCCAGUUGACGUUUUCAGGACAAAUUUAAAAAUGGACACAUCCUGUGUUUAAUCUUCCCUAGCCUACUCAUGCAUGUUUUAGCUACAUGUUUUGUCAUGUAUCCUUACUACGUUAAGAUUGGUUGAGUUAGACAGGCCAAAGGAUUUGCACAACAGCCCCUGGUUCAGUUUGUGAGGGAUAAGAGUUAAGUGGUUGUUUUUGUGGUAAGAAUUACAGUUAAACAUUUAUUCCUUUCCCUAGUUCCCGUAUUGAAUUGGAGACAUUUCCCCUCUGCACUUGACUCAAUAAGCACUUAGUGUAACAGUAGUGUUACAACACCAGGAAAAGACAUUAUUGACAGGGUGUUGGACGGGGAAUGUUUUAUUUUUAAUUUCUUUCUUUCUGGACAAACAGACAAAUCACUUCACACACACACACUGCUAUCUGUAAUUACCACAGUAGUAACGGGCUAUGGCAGUUUGUUCCUUCAUUCUGCCAGCUUUUCUAUUUAGUCUAAGUUUCACAUCGAAGUGCCUCUGACCCUGUUUUCACACACUUACCAUUCCUGUUAUUUUGUUUUUAGUGCUUGUUGCUUUCCAAAAAAAAAUGUACAGUACAGUGUCUGCUAAGUGAUGUAACGGACAGUUGGAAUUAGACUAAUUGGCGCCAUCUUGUGACUUCAGAUGGUGCACUUUAGGUUCCCAGAUGACAUCACAAGCAGUUAGAAGCAGCUCUAGGAAGUGCUAACAUGAUGUGGCACAUUAACUCCCCAGAGUCCCCUAACAUGAGUGACAUCAGCGUGGUUGGCAUGGGAUCAGAGGAGUUUGAUCUAUCACCUGUACAGAGAAAAAUUCUCUUUUCAUAAACCUUUAAUUUCUCCAUUAUCAGUCACCUCACAGAGACACCUCGUCCUACCAGGGGUUUAGUCCUUCCAGAGAAGAUUAACUGGUAAACCAAAUAGACUCAAACUUUCAGACACUUUGAAAUGUCAGAAAAGUUCUAAUGACGUAUGAUUGCCUAUUCUUUAACCAGCAUUUAAUCUCUAUUUGAGCUAUUUGAUUUCCUAACCUCUGCUCCUUUGUCUUUCAAGUUAAUCAGAGUUGGUAUAUCAGACUUUGGCAGACCCUUUAAACUCUUAAUCCAGAGCUUUAACCCGCAUUAUAGUGCAGACUAUUUACAGAGGGGUAUUGCAACAUUGUCAGUAUUAUUACAAGUUUAUGUUGUUCCAUGUUUGGAUGUUUCUUUGGCCAUUGACUGGCUGAUUUUGGAGUGUACAGAUGGAAACCAGAGGAAUGAAAUUAGUAGCUUGUUCAAUGCACUUUUAUUAUGGGACAUUUCCAUUUGCGGCGCCAUUUUGAAGGCUUGGAUCCCUCUAGAAAUGAGAAGGAUGCAACGAAAGACUGGUGCAAAGACAUGGUGGGAAGAAAGAAAACCGGGGGAAGUGUGGUUGGGACUCCGGCUGGGCCGCUGGAGUAACGUUAACAGGCAGUCUGUUGGAGACUUGGUUUGUGGGGACAGGUACAAAAAAAGCGACACUCGUACCCAACAGGAGUGUACGGAGUUUGAAAUCCUCUUGUCUGCCACCUGCUUUGGUUUGUAAAAGA